CAGUCGGUGACAAUCAAUUCUUAACUGUCGCCAAAUCCACAUCGCCACUCGCCGGCCAUUGCGCCCCAUUCCUCCACAUUCUACCUUUUCUCAAUCGCAAACUUUCAUCUGCAAUUAACUGUUCUUCGUCGAACUGUUCAUCGUUUCGGAGAUUCAAUACAGAGCAGCGGAGGAUGGAGAUCGGUCGCGAAGUGGAGGCGGCGGACGAGGAGGAUUAUUGCACGACGCCGAAGCACAAGGAGAGCCGAAUUCCGGCGGCCUCGGAGUGCCCGCCGGCUCCAAAGAAGAAGAAGUCGUCGAGUCGGAUAAAGAGGGAGCCGCCGAAGAGCGGGUACUUCCAUCCGCCUGAUCUGGAAGCUCUAUUCGCUGUCGGCCGAAGAGCUGAAUCUUGCCUCUAGCCCGGCGGUAUUUCCUUGUACACGCUUAUCCGUAAUUUUCUUAUGCUUAAUUCGUUUUAGCAGUAAAAGGAAUUAUUUCUUUA